AUGCCGCCGAAAUCUAGUGGUGGAACGGUAGUUAGUAAUUACAUUGUCGAGCACAAGACUGUGAAGACAGAAUGGAGCAGUGCUAACCAUGAAUCUGUUAAUGGAACUAGGUUCGCACUUCCAGUGAAAGGGUCAGAAACAUACACUGUUCGUGUGCGAGCAGUUAACAGUCUUGGCCUUAGUGAACCCUCAAACGUGAUCACCAUUAAACUGACAGGUAAGUGGUCAUUUGCGGCAGUUAGAGUUCUCAAAACUAAAAUACACUUUAAGAUCGACAUAUCAUAUUUAAAAACCAAUCUAUUUACAAAAGGACUAGGCCACAGACGUUAAGUAUCCUACCUGAUUUGGAAGAAUCUUUAAUGGUGCAAUUCAUCAAAAUGCAUAAAUUGGAUUAUUGGAAAGGUUCCUAGCUUUUUGAAACAGUUUCUUAUAAUUUUCUCCAAACAGUUGUAUGUCGAUAUUUCUUUGGGGCAAGUUUCUCUAAAGCGUAGUUAACGAUUUUUUAACUGCACAAAGAUCUGCACACGAUUAACCGUAAACAGGAAUGUCAGAAACAGCAGCCUAUAGAUACAAUGCACAACUUGCAUCACAUACAUAACUUGGUCAGAAAAUCUUCAGCCAGAUUGAACGUAACGUGAAAUAUGAUAAGACACGUUCCUUUUAGCCUGGUUUCUGACUGAAAGUUUUUAGCAUUUGCGAUAGUUAAAAGGCAUCCAUUUUGAUUCAGACCUUUACUGCAUACGAUAGCGCGUGUGACGUUUAAGUAAUAGUUUAACAUGAGCAUUAGCGUUUUUAUAUUUAGCAAUUAAUGAAUGAGGCUGAGUGGGAUAUUAAUAAUUAAGCAGAUCGAGGAGGGUGUUGUUGGAUACGGCACCCUCCUAAGUCUGCUUAAUUCUUCAUAUCCUACGAAAGCCGAAUUUUUGUAGAAUUUUAUUAUUAGCUUUAUUAUUCAUUCAAAAUAAUUCCUAGUUUAAAAACAUAGUUAAAACAUGCUUACCUGAAUCGAUGUUAAGUUCAUCUUUGAUAGUGUACGCUUACGUUUAUCCAGCUCCGCAAAUAUUUUCCAGAUAGCAGAUGUCGCCCUCCGAGUUGUCUUCUUGCUGUUUUAGCCAUGUUUUUAGCUAUUAUUUCGCCUAGUUCCAGCUGCAAUUCUUACUAUUGAAACGAGUGAAAGGUCCGUCAUUCUUUUUUCACAACCAAAACAACUCCACCUCGUCCCCCGGGUCAUCUCGGUAACGGUGCCUUAACCUGUAGCGGGCUCCAUUUUUGACGUCAUUUCCUCUUUAAACACAAAAUUCUUUCAAAUUUGGUCAUCAGUAACCGGUUAUGGUGAAUUAUGCGUGUGCUUUCAGCCAAUCAGAAUUGGGGACGUAUUUUGCAUGAAUAAUAACAGGGAGUGAAAGCCUGAAAUUUUUUGACUUGAUAUAAAUCGUGUUAAGAGGCAGUCUCCCCAAAAGCGUUCCACUCGAUUUCGGACUCGACAAAACUUUUGCCUUAUAUUUUUAUCAUCAAUACUACUAUCUAUUCUAAUAACGAAAUUGCAGUUAGAUUGAGAAAAUUGUUUAUUUUACUGCCAUUCCCAGCAUUUCAAUGCUGGACGACCGUUGGCGGCUAAAAUAUGCAAAUUUUAGUCUCUUUUAAGAAAGCAAAAUGCACGAAUAAAUGCCUCAAAAUCAUCAGAAAAUUCUCCAAUGUGGCACCUAAGUCAGAGAGACUUAAGACUGCCUCUAAAGAGUAUUUUAAACAGCGUCAAAAAUUUCCCUGGAGUAUUUCAUUUCUGUAGUGUGUUUAAUCCUGCUUGAGGGUAAAACUGAGUCGUCAGCGUAGAAUAAACAACUUACUGGUGAACCUUUUGGGAGAAUAGUAAGGUCAUUAGAAUCACAUGCUUUCGGGAGGUUGGUAAUUUCGUUCAAAUAUACAUUGUACAGUGGAGGAAAAGGAUCACAUCCUUGUCGUACACCUCUUCGGUAAGGAAAGUAGUUCUUUUCCUGCCAAAUCGUAUGCUACAUUUCGUGUUGGAGUACAUUACAUAUGUACUGAUCUCAGUGGUACUGACUAUUCAGUUAGUGACAAUGUCGCUCGUUAUUCUUUCAGAAAGCGACGUCAGAAGUCUUGCAAAUUCAAACAGCUCAGGUUCAGUGAGAGCAACGUAUCUGUUUGAAGGAUAUCUACUCCUGUUGGCGGUUUUUGAGGCUUUUGCCUAA